CUCCCCCUCCGCAUGCCAAUUCAGGGAGCCUAUUCAGCGGUUGCGCUUCCUUCGCCGGAAGCCGCGGCGAGGAUAUUGCGGAAGUCAGGGGCGGAGCUAGCUCUCUUUCGUUGUGGCGGCUGAAGGAAGAUGACGAAAGGAACAUCCUCCUUUGGAAAGCGUCGCAAUAAGACGCACACUUUGUGCCGUCGAUGUGGGUCCAAGGCCUAUCAUCUCCAGAAGUCCACCUGUGGAAAAUGUGGAUAUCCUGCUAAACGCAAGAGAAAGUAUAACUGGAGUGCUAAGGCCAAGAGACGCAAUACUACCGGAACUGGCCGUAUGAGGCAUCUGAAAAAGGUCUACCGCAGAUUCAGGAAUGGAUUCCGUGAAGGAACAGCGCCAAAGCCCAAGAGAGCUGCUGUUGCAGCAUCCAGCUCAUCUUAAGGACUCAAAUGUCUUUUUAAAAUAAAUGGCCUGAAC